AUGGCCGACGACUACCAACCCCCGGCUCUUCCCUCUCCAUUCAUAAACACCAAUCCGCUGCCUAUUCUUCUUGCCCAGGGCGCCGAAGCUCACGUCUACAAAACCGUUUCCCUUGACCCCUCCAUCCCAGCGGCGCUGAAGAUCCGCCCCUCCAAACCAUACCGUCAUCCAACCCUCGACCGGAAACUGACUCGCCAACGCGUUAUUCAAGAAGCCCGAUGUCUCGUUAAACUCGUCCGCGAAGGCGUCAAGGUACCCGCAGUCCUAGCACUGGACUGGGAGGGACAGGGUGGUGAUGAGGCAGGCUGGGGCGGAGCCUGGCUGCUAAUGGAAUGGAUUGAGGGGCCAGUGAUCCGUGUUGUACUUGAGAAGUGGGAGGCAUGGAUGAAAGCGAAUCGCUCAACGUUAGAUGCGACACGGAUUGCCGAGGAGGAAGCGCGAGUGCGGGGCCUGAUUAGGCGCAUGGGAUCUGCCAUUGCUGGACUGCACAAGGCUGGUGUCGUUCAUGGAGAUUUGACGACAAGUAACCUUAUGCUGCGGUCUGCGCAAUUGGAGGGUGACACCUUCUCUAUGGAUGGGGAGGUCGUACUGAUUGACUUUGGGCUUGCAUCACAGAGCAACCAGGAUGAGGAUCGGGCGGUGGAUUUGUAUGUCUUGGAGCGGGCGAUUGGAAGUACACAUCCAUUGUCGGAGCCGUUCUUUGAUGAGUUGCUUGUCGGGUAUAGAGAGGGGAAUAAGGGCGCUACUUCUACGCUUCGAAGACUUGAGGAUGUGCGGUUGCGGGGCCGGAAGCGCAGCAUGCUCGGCUAA